GGGGUCCCGCCGCCGCCCGGACGGUGUGACCGUGUCCUCCGGGGUCCCGCCGCCGCCCUGGCGCUGCCCGCCCGCCCCGCCCCGGCCGCCUGCGCCCUGUGCCAGCGAGAGCCUCGUGCGCCCGUGCGCGCCGACUGCGGCCACCGCUCCUGCCGGGCGUGCGCGCUGCGCGGGUCGCGGGACGACGGACCCUUCCCGUGCCCCGCGUGCGCCGGCCGCGGCUGGCAGCGCGCCGUGGGGCCCGGCCGGCCGCCGCUCAGCCGCCGCCUGCUGGCGCUCGAGGGGGCGGCCGCGGCGCCCACGCGCGACGACGCGGCCUGCGAGGCGGGUGCGGGCCCUCUGACCGGCCCCUCUCAGGACCACAGGGGCUCGGUGGAGGUCGUGCGCGAGGACCCGAAGGACGCGCGGGACAUGCACGGCCAGGCCGAGUCCGCCGCCGCCGUGUGGAAGGGCCACGUGAUGGAGCGGAGGAAGAAGGCGCUGGCCGGCUACCGGAGGCUGCGGGCGCCCUUCGCCGAGGCGGAACAGCGUUUCCUGCGGGAGGCGGCCCACGACGACGGGGUCCGGGGCCCACCACCCCGGCGGCGCUUCCGCUCCCUGCUGCAGGCCGCGUCCGAGCUGGAGAGGCGCCACCGCAGCCUGGGCCUGGGCAUGCUGCUGCAGGUGGGCCGCGCCCCCGCUCUGCCGCAGGCCGACGGGAGGGCGAGGGCGGGAGGAGGCGGCUGAAGACCCUGCUCCCAGCCUUUCCAAACCCUGGCAGACCUCGCUGCCCGCCCCCCCCCCCAUACCAGCAGGGCUGGCUCUUCGCUCUGGAUGGGUGGAGGGUGCAGCUCGCCCCCACCUCACCCCUGCUCUCUCUGCAAUGAGGCCCCACCCCCGGCCGGCCACAGGUAACUCCUGCAGCAUGCGCGACUCCACCCUCCGGGCCAGGCUUCCGCCCCAUCCACUGUCCCAACCCCUCUAAAUCCAGAGGAAUGGAGACCCCACCCCAAAUCACGUGUGCGUCACCUCAUAAAGCUCUUGUGGCUGCAGGUUCCUGGGGUCUGUCUAGACUUUCGCCCAACAACCCCACCCGCACGUGCUGGUCAUUAGGGGAGGGGAGUCGGAUGAUGGGCCGUGUAUGGCCGCAGAGGGGCCUCUCCCACCCGCAGCCUAAGGCCUGAAGCUGUGAGGGGCAGCCCCCUCCCCAGGCAGGGCUCUGCAG